CAACCCGCUGCUGCUGGCCACCCCCUGGCGCCAGUUCUUCACCUCCAUGCCCGUCUACGCCAUCAUCGUGGCCAACUUCUGCCGCUCCUGGACCUUCUACCUGCUGCUCAUCAGCCAGCCCGCCUACUUCGAGGAGGUCUUCGGCUUCGAGAUCAGCAAGGUGGGGCUGCUCUCGGCGCUGCCCCACCUGGUGAUGACCAUCGUGGUGCCCAUCGGGGGCCAAAUCGCCGACUUCCUGCGCUCCCGGGGGCUCAUGUCGACCACCAACGUCAGGAAGAUGAUGAACUGCGGGGGGUUCGGGAUGGAGGCCACGCUGCUGCUGGUGGUCGGGUACUCGCACUCCCGCGCCGUCGCCAUCUCCUUCCUCGUGCUCGCCGUGGGCUUCAGCGGCUUCGCCAUCUCCGGGUUCAACGUGAACCACCUGGACAUCGCCCCCCGCUACGCCAGCGUCCUCAUGGGGCUCUCCAACGGCGUGGGGACCCUCUCGGGGAUGGUCUGUCCCCUCAUCGUGGGGGCUCUCACCCGACACAAGACGCGGGAGGAGUGGCAGUGGGUGUUCCUCAUCGCCGCCCUCGUUCACUACGCGGGGGUCGCGUUCUACGGCGCCUUCGCCUCGGGGGAGCCGCAGCCCUGGGCCGAGCCCCCCCGGGAGGAGGCCGAGCCCCUCGCGCCGGGCGGCGACGACGACGAGGAGGAGGAGGACGAGGAAGGAGGCGGGGGGGCGAUGGGACCGCCCGGAGGGCCCCCGGCCGGGUACGGGGCCACCGGCACCACCCCGGCCCCCGGGGGGGUCCUGGGGGAUGCGGAAGGGUGAGAUGGGACCUCCCUCCCCUCCCAAAUCCUCUCCCGAGCUCCCACCGGGAUCACCACGGACUUCCCCCCUUCCCCCCCCACGACAUUCCCCGAACUCCCCUCCCCGGGAUUCCCACCGGGGACCCCUCGAGCCCACCAGGAUCACCAGGGAACCACCAGGAUCCUCAGGGACCCCCCCUCCGGACCACUGGGGACCCACCGGGACCACCAGGAUCCCCAGGGACACCCCCCCUCCAGGACCGACAGGGACCCCCCAAACCCACUGGGACAUUCCCCUUCCCCCCCGGACCACUGUGGACCACCGGGCACCCCCCAAGCCCGCCAGGACCCCCAGGGACACCCCCUCCAGAACCACCAGGGACCCCCCCAACCCUCCUCCCCCCCCCCGUGCCCCCCCAAGACCGGGCCCCCCCAUUCUGUACAUAUAUAAAUACACGGGGGGCUGCGGCCCCCAGAUCGGC